AUGGCUAAAGCAAUUCAAAAAAUUUAUAAUAAUCCUAAUGAUCCUCUUAACCCACUUGAAGAUUUUAUUAUAGAUAAAGAUACUGAAUAUAUGGAUGAAUAUAAAGAUUUAUUAUUCAGUUAUAAUUUAAGAAUUCAAUAUAUUAACUUUAAACGUGAUGUAAUUAUUGCUAAACAUGAUCAUCAAGAAUUUGAAAAACAU